AUGACUACUCAAUACUAUAUACUGGAACAACUGUUUCGCACAGUUCAACUACAUCCACAAAAAGUGGCGGUAGCACUUGAUGAUCAGAUGUGGACGUACAGCGACUUGGUGGAACAAAUCAAACGCGUAACCUAUUAUCUGCAUCGUUCGAACUUUGUUCGAGGCCAGAUUGUUUAUCAAUUUGUCGAACGAAGUUUGGAGAUGGUCUCUGGGUUAUUUGGCAUUAUAUGCGCGGGUGGUGUGUACUGUCCAUUAAAUCCCACAGAUCCAUAUGAACGAGUUUCUUCGAUUCUCGAACAAUUACAAGGUUUGUGCGUUCUAACACAUAAAAAAACCCGUCGUCUAUUUCCUACAACAAAUUCAAUCAAACAAUUUAUUCUGCUAGACGAGAUUCUUUCUCCAUUAUCAGAUGUGGAAGACAUGAAAGAGCUUCCAGGUUGCAAAGAGGAUGGUGAUGCACUUAUUAUUUGUACAUCUGGUACAACUGGUCGACACAAAGCUGUAGUUCAUUCUUUUCGAAGCUUUUCAACUUGUAUUCGUGCUUAUAGUCAAUGGGACCUUGGUGUAUACACUAGUCGAGAUCAGGUGCUACAGGUUGCGGCAUGUUCAUGGAUUUUACAUAUAUCAGAAAUCAUGUUACCGCUAGUUGUUGGUGGCACACUUGUGUUGCUGAGACCGAAUGGACAUUUAGAUAUCGACUAUUUUUGUCAAACUCUAAUGCAACAACAAGUGACAACAACUACAAUUGGUCCUGGGAUAAUUCGAGCGCUUACCAGUUACUUUGAGACAACCCAACGGCUGACUACUUUGAAGUUUGUACGUAAUGUGAUCACAACAGGUGACUCCGCAAUCUCCAAUUACUUGUAA